UUUUUUGAUUUAGGAACUCAAUGUUAUUGUUUUUUUUUCAAACAAGUAGCUUUUCUCGGAAAAACAAAAAAUCCUGACGGAACAAGGCUAUCGAAAAGAUUUUUCUGUUGGAGGUGGCAGCUGUUCACGUGAGCUACAAAUUCCUCAAAAUAGUUUAUGAUCACUUAUUUUGAUAAAUGAUUUUACGUUGAAUGACAUUAAAGCAAGGGGCUAUUUUGAUACUCAAACAGUACAUUAUAAUUUGAUGUUGUCUCGUCUACAAACACUAGGAUCAUUUUAUGAUCUAGAAUCAUAACUGAAAAGCCUAUUGGAACGACAAUUUUUAGGUAAUUUUCUGGAAAAUUUGAAACAAACUCCGAAAGUUGAACCACAUAUUGUACGACAGACUGAACCGCAAGAUGUGUUUGAUGUAGAAUCAUUUGUAGCAUUACGACAAAGAAAAAUGAGAAGUCGCAGGCCAAAGAAAAAUAGAUUUGAGAAUGACGACUGUGUGAUCCCAAAGACUAUUCCAGUGCCAAAGCCAGUGACUACCCAAGCCAGUCCAAGUAUUCAUUUAAAGGUUUGUGUCGACGAAAAUGAAGUUUCUAAUAAGGAUAGGCUAGAAAAUCACAAGAAUAGCAAUGGCAAAGACUACCUGGAAUCACAAUCUCAGGUGACACCGAAAGCUAUUCCCGUGAACGAUUUGGCUCCAAAAGUAGGAAAUGUUAUUGCAUUCAAGGUACUUAAAAUGUCAGAAAACUACACUCCUGAGGUAUCGGCGCAAAUAACUGGGAAAGUAGUGGACUACAAUCCUUCAGAUGGAUCUGUAAAGUUUGAUAUUAUUGCUGGUUUGGAUGAACUCAAGGAACCAAAUGGAAAGUUAUCUAUAGCAGAGAACGAUGAUGUCAAACAAAACCAAAACAAAGAGUUUAAAUGGAAUGCAUUGAUAGAGCCAAGACUUUUUAAUUAGAAUUUGUUUUUAUAAUAGUCUGUACUAUUUUUCUGAUAAUAAACUUUUAAUCUUUA